CGCUUGCACGUGAGGCCCUGAUAUCUGAAACGGAGGAGCACUAGAGAAUUACGUCAGAUAUAAUGUCUGCUGGAACCCCGUGAUAAAAUACAUCCAUUGCUUCACUCACGUUCACUGUCCACAGGCUCCUCGAGGGACGGCGGUGCUCUUCGAAACUAUGGAAGGGAAAUUCGCAAAGAUACAGAAGUACGAGGGUCUGUGUGUAGCUCCUGUGACGCCCUUUGACAACAAUGGGCACGUGAACCUCGAAAUAAUAGAUAAAUAUGUGGAGGUCCUCCGGAAGCAAGGAAUUACUGGCGCUUUUGUCAACGGAACAACCGGAGAGGGCUUGUCUCUCAAUGUUUCUGAAAGAAAGAAACUAGCUGAAAAAUGGAUACAAGCUGCUGAUGGAAAGCUUGAGUUGUUGAUGAUACAAGUCUACGCCGAUUCAUUACCUGACACACAGGAUCUGGCCCAUCAUGCUGAAUCAAUUGGUGCUGACGCCAUUGCAGUCCUUCCCCCGAUUUACUACAAAUGCUGCAAUAAUGACCAACUUAUCGAGUACCUGAAGAAUGUUUCAUCAGCUGCCCCGAAGACGCCACUGUUGUAUUACCACCUGCCGGAACUCACCGGCGUAUACCUCAAGUUCGAUGACUUCCUCUUGGCCGCAAGUAAAGCUGUACCGACACUUUGUGGUGCGAAAUAUUCUUCCAGUGAUCUCAAAGACUUAUCUGGGUUCCUCAAACGCGAUCGAAAUCAUUUGAAGAUUUUCUUCGGUUGCGAUGAGAUCCUCUUGUGUGCCCUUGCUCUGGGAGUGACGGCAGCCAUUGGCGGAACUUUCACUUAUCAAGGUUGUGUGGCCAAGGCGGUUUUCGACAGCUUUAGGAAGGGAGACUUGACUGCUGCCCGUACCCAUCAGCUCGCUGUGAGAGAAGGGGCAGGACUGAUAUCGAAGUACGCUCUUCACAUCAACUGCAGGACCGUUGACCUUCCGGCAAAGAGCUCCCAGUUUCCGAGGGGCCGAGAGCACCAAAGGAACACCGAACUUGUUGGCCACCUUCUUCAUGUUGUGGGUUACCCUAUGUAUAUAGGGCAUAACUACAGGUCUGAAGGAAUUCCGUUCUAAAGCCGGUCUGCACCCUGGUGUUCAACCCUUGAACUUCUGUAAAAAGGCCUCCGCGACAGCCAAAAGAACCCGGCCAGGAAAACCCGCAGAACGCAACCUUCCCAGCUGAUCAUUAAAGCUGUCCAGCAUAAGAUGGG